GUAAUCUGAUAUGCUGGAAUCCACUUGUUACAUGUUUGGCUAAGAAAGUAGGUCAUUUCCUCAAGGAGCUACUCUCGACUUGCAUUCUAGAACAGAAGGUCUGAUCAGAACUGUCCUUUUCCAGUUCUUCAACUGACAAGACAAUGGCGGGUAUGACGGGAGGGUCAGCUGAACUGAGGAUUGUCCUGUUGGGUAAGACAGGAGCUGGGAAGAGCAGCACAGGCAACACGAUUCUGAGAGAAAAGCUGUUCACAACUUCUUGUUAUGGAAACUCUGAUACAGCUACAUGUAAGGCUGCAACCAAGACUGUUGAUGGAAGGAAAAUUACUGUGAUUGACACACCAGGGUAUUUUUGUACUGAGUGCCCUGAUGAAGAGCUAAAACCUGAAAUAGUCAAAAGCAUCACAGAGUGUUCCCCUGGACCUCACGCUUUUCUUAUAGUGCUAGCUGUGGGGAGGCAAACACCAGAGGAGAAGAAAACAGUGGAAGAAAUUCUGAAAACGUUUGGGGAGGAGGCUCUGGAGUACGCUGUUGUCCUGUUUACCCACGGAGACCAGCUUGAUGACAAUGUGACCAUCCAGCAGUUUGUGGAUAAAAAUAGCUACCUGAAAACACUUGUCCAAAAGUGUGGAAACCGGUUUCACGUCAUCGAUAACAAAUGCUGGAACAAUCCAACUGAAGGCCCCGAUGAUGAAAGAAGCAACGCUGCUCAAAUCAAAAAGCUUAUGAACACAAUUGAUCAGAUGGUGGAACGGAACGGAGGCAAGCACUACACCAAUGCGAUGCUCCAGGCUGUGGCACAGGCCAUUGAAGAGGAAAUGGCAAAGGGAAAAAAAAGAGAAGAGGCAAAACGGAGUGUAAUAAAAAGGUUUUUAAUCCAGGCAGCAGGUGUGUCAACAGGGGUUCUGGUGGGUGCAUUACUCGGUGCUUUAGCAUGUGUUGGUUUGGCUGCGGUAUUACUUGUAAAUCUUACAGUAAAAGUGUGUAUGGCAGGUGGUGGUGCUACAGCUGCAGCGGUGGCCGGAGCAGAGUGUUUAGCUGCAGUAUCAGCAGCCACAGGGAUAGGAUUGGGAGCAACAGUUGGAGUAAUAGUUGGAGCAGGGGCCUGUGUGGGUGCGAUUGCAGGGGGGAUAGCAGGGGCAAGAGCAGCAAAUGAAGCAGAGUCUCUCAUAGAUGCUGCAGAGAGAGCCUUCCUUGCUGUAAAAGAACCAGUAGUGAAUUAUGUUAAGAACAAAACUGAAGAUACAAUGCCAAAGGGUUGCAAAAAAUGGUGAGCUAUUCUCGUUUGAGUACAGAAGACAACAUUUGAGAUAUGUAGAUCAAUACUGUUUACAAGAGAUAACGGCCGAGAUUCAUUCAACAAGAAGCAAGAAAUACCCCACCCCCCUUAUCCUGCCACUUUUUGACAAGAGGGGAAAGGGGGGAGGGAGGGAGAGAGGGGGACAGAGAGAGAGACAGAACAGAAGACGACAUUGGAGAUCUGUAGAUCAGUCCACCCACACCCACCCCGAAUAUAUCCUUUCACCUCUGAGCCACUUCCUUUAUUCAGUUUCCUGUUUUCGUUAAACCCAUGUGAUUUACCAUAAUGAAACCUUCACCACCUGAGCAAAGCAAUCUGAUUGGCUCGUCAGCUUCCCGCACUGCAGUGUAACCCUGAAGCCCUCAAAUUUUGAGAGAAAGCUCUCACUACCAUUAACAUUGUUGCUCUUCUUUCUAGAAUUGAAAGCUAUGUACUAAGGGUGUGCAGAGACAACACUGUGUAUAUGUUCAACCAAUAAAAUUAUCUGUAUCUGUAAUCCAGCACUGGAUCCCCUGAUAUAGUCCACUUGUGUUUAUUCAUUAUUGAAAUUCCCACUGUCGGUGAACUGCUUCUUGUAAUAAUUCACAAGUAGCCUAAUCAAAAUGUCAUUUGAUGUCAUGUUUCUGUGGAGAGGUGCACGCCCUAGGCUACACCUCUUUUCUUGAUACAAAACAUAUGAUGAUAUACAGUAAUGAAAAUACUCUCACUAUGUUGAUCAUUGGUUCAGUGGAGGCUUCUGUGCACAUAUAAUGAACCAUUCAUUUAAUGCAUCUGUUAACAUGUUGGGAAAUUAAAACAUUUGUCUGCACAAUAAAUUACUUUUGGUUUAUUGUCUC